UUCAGGCUAAGAGCUUCCUCGUUGUGGAUAAAAAAAAAAAAUAUCAUUAUUUUUAUUUGCACUUUUACAAUAACUCAAAUAGAAUCAGACUCAUUCGUGAUAGACAAAGGGAAGCGAUUUCAGAAUUGAAACUCUCACGAGUGUCUUUAUCUAAGAACAUCUAUAGAACAGUCAAUUAAAAUCAUAAAGUUAAUAUUCCUUCCGCUAGAUAUAUUAACUUUAUGAUUAAAAUACAAUAGUGCAGAAGUAAUCUAAUCCACCUUCAUAGAAGUGACAUAUCUAAAGGUAGACACUUAUACACUACAGUUUUAUCUAACGUUUUUGUUUUUUCUGACGUAGAGCUCACGACAAGAGACCUUUUAGUACCUGUAAUAUUUCUUUCAACUUUGCGUACACUCUUAGUUAAAAUAAUAUGUGCGCAGACGUGCGAUGCUCGGUGAAAAAAUCUCAUUAAUUUUAAAUCAGUUUGUAAGAACUUCGAAGCCACGCUUCAAAGUUCCAAUUAUGAACAGAAUACUUGGUGUUCCCAAGUAAAUGUUAACCCGUCUUGAUCAUUAAUAAACGUUAUCAUUUCACGAUUAUUGAAAUAUUUUAUGUCUGUGAGUGGAUACAGAAGCUGCGUAGAGUAUGAGAUUUGACUGUAAUAUUUAAUGUAAGUAAGAGUAAUUGUUUCAUUAUUAUCAACGAGUAUUUAUCUUAUUCAAAGAUUACAAUUGAAGACAACUUACAAUUGAAUCCACUUUAUAAAUGUCACAUCAUUGCUUCGCAUAAGACGUAAAGUACAUAGAUUAUAGUUAUUGCGAACAAAAUCAACAUAAUUUGAAAUAUCAAAACUAGUGUUAAAAUUAAACAUGGCUAACUUGGACAGUGAGAAAAAUGAUAUCUCAGAUGUAAAAGCAACUGCGAGUGCCACAUUAGACUUCGACGCGAUUCUGCAAGAGGAGGUGGGGCAUUUCCGGUGGUACCAAGUGCGGACAAUCAUCUUGGGGGUCAUUGCAGUCGUCUUCGUAGGAUGGAGUAACAAUUCGUAUGUUUUCACAACGGUGAGGAUACAAACCAGAUGUCACAUUCCGGAGUGCGACCUCGACGACGCGGCCUUCGCGCCGGGCUGGCUGCCGAGCGCGGUGCCCGGCGGCCUCGGCUCGCUCGACAACUGCCAGCGAUUCGCCAACGCGUCUGGCGAAGCCAACGCCACGCUGCUCGGCCAGGAUGAGUGCCCGGCCGGCUGGUUCGACCGAGACCAGCUGCAGAGCUGCGAGCGCUACGUGUACCAGAAUACUGACACUCUCGUCUAUGAUUUCAAUUUGGCGUGCGACGAGUGGCGGCGCUCGCUGAUCGGGUCGGUGCGGCUGCUGGGCACCAUGCUGGCGCAGCCGCUGGCGGGGCUGGUGUCAGACCGCCGCGGGCGCCGCGCCGCGCUCGUGCUCAGCGCCGUCAACGCCGCCUGGCUGGGCGUGCUCAAGUCGUUCAGUAACAGCUACACCGUCUUCAUACUCUUGGAACUUCUUCAAGCCAUCAUUGGCAGUUCCACCUACCAAUCGACUGAUGGAAUUAGUACGUCCUGA